ACUUAAAAAACGGAAGAGAGAGGGAAAUUGAGAGAAGAAGAAAAAUCAAAAAUAGUAAAGGGUUAGUACUUAAAUCACUGAACACAAGAAGAGAUUGUGAGAUCCUGAGAGAGUUCUGGAGGAUUGAGUGGGUGUUAAUUCUGGGUUCUUCAUUAGUUUUUGUCUUUUGAUGUUGAUAGAGAAGCUUGGUUUUGUUUGAACGGAGGCUAUUGUGACUGGUUAGUAAGAAGAACAAGUGGCUUCUUCUCUAUUACUUGUGAUUGAAGGAACGUAAAUUGGUGAGGUUUAGAAGAUUGAUUCUGAUUUCAGUGAACUGACGUUGAAUCCCCAAGAAGAAGAAGAAGAUCCAAGGAACACUCUCCUAAGGUUUUUAGGUUCUGGGUUUUAUUGAGGAUCACUCUCCUAAGCUUUUGAUUUCUGGGUUUUAUUGUUUUUGGGGUUUUUAGUCCCGAAACUUGCUUUUUUCUUUUUCUGUUGUGUAUAGAAAGGCCAGUUGGACAGAAAUCUUAAUUAAAAGAUUUCUUUUUUCUGUUCAAGAAUUGAUUGUCCCAACCCAACACUUGAUUUGUUUUGAUUUAAAUUCUGCUUUUCUGUUGAGGUUUGGUCAGAUUAAUCUCUCAUAGGAGGGUCUAUGUGUGUAUCUGUUGGGCUCUUAAGGGGUUGUUCCUUCUUUCUUUUUUCUCAUCUUAACUUCAGUUCAUAGUAGAACUCAGGCAGGAUUCUCUUCUGUCUAAUGACUUAGGAGACGAAGAGGGAAAAGAAGUUCCAAGUAGUGUUAGAGAAUCAUAAGUUGAAGUUUUGAGGAUGUCUGCAACUUUGUUAUGGGUUGUCACAGCCAAUACAGAGUUCUCCAACUGCAUUGGGUUUGUGGGAUCAAUAAGAGAGGGAGGAAGGUUUCAUGAUUCAAGGUCCAUAAGUAGAGCUCUGUGGUUAAGAGCCAGAGGGAGAGUAAAAGGCAGGAAAUCAGAAUGGAAUUCUUCCUCUCGGAAUUCAGAUUUUAAGUAUUCUUGUCUAGGUGGCUCAGAGAGCACUGGGAACUUCCCUGUUAUCUCUAGUAUGAUUGCGAAUCCUGCCGGAGAAAUUGCGGUAUCAUCGGAGCAAAAGGUUUAUGAUGUGGUACUUAAGCAGGCAGCUUUAGUUAACAAACAAUUGAGAUCGAAACAAGUCCUUGAUGUGAAACCGGAUAUGGUUGUUCCUGGGACUCUCAACUUGUUAAAUGAAGCUUAUGAUCGAUGUGGAGAAGUUUGUGCCGAGUAUGCAAAGACAUUUUACUUGGGGACUCUGCUUAUGACCCCUGAGAGGCGAAAAGCUAUCUGGGCUAUCUAUGUGUGGUGCAGGAGGACAGAUGAACUUGUUGAUGGGCCCAAUGCUUCACAUAUAACACCUUUUGCUUUGGACAGGUGGGAAUCAAGGUUAGAGGAUCUUUUCGCCGGUCGUCCAUUUGAUAUGUUGGAUGCAGCUUUAUCGGAUACAGUUGCAAGGUUCCCUGUCGACAUUCAGCCAUUCAAAGACAUGAUUGAAGGAAUGAGGAUGGACCUCAGGAAGUCGAGAUACAAGAACUUUGAUGAACUCUAUCUCUACUGUUACUAUGUAGCUGGGACUGUUGGAUUAAUGAGUGUCCCAGUUAUGGGCAUUGCUCCUGAGUCACAGGCAACAACAGAGAGUGUGUAUAAUGCUGCCUUGGCAUUAGGAAUUGCAAAUCAGCUAACCAACAUACUCAGGGAUGUUGGAGAAGAUGCAAGAAGAGGGAGAGUUUAUCUACCACAAGAUGAGCUAGCACAGGCAGGGCUUUCGGAUGAGGACAUAUUUGCAGGGAAGGUAACAGACAAAUGGAGAAAUUUCAUGAAGAGUCAGAUCAAGAGGGCAAGAAUGUUCUUUGAUGAAGCAGAAAAGGGAGUCACAGAGCUCAGCUCUGCAAGUAGAUGGCCGGUGUGGGCUUCUUUGCUACUGUACCGUAAAAUACUGGAUGCAAUUGAAGCUAAUGAUUAUGACAACUUCACCAAGAGAGCAUAUGUUAGCAAAGCGAAGAAGAUCUUGUCUUUGCCUGCUGCAUAUACCAGAUCGCUUGCUCGCCCAUCGAAAGCUCCAUCUGGUUUGGUAAAAGCCUGAUUACAACUCUAAAUGACAAAUAUUAUAUACCAAUGUAAAAGCUAGAAAGGGAGGGAAACAAAAUUGAUCUACCUUGUAUACUAGAUUUAGUAUGUGAGAAGUAAAGAUAGAUUUUCCAAUUAUUCAAAUUGUUCUUGUUUAUAUUUCAA